AUGAUAAGCCGCGUGCGGUGUUGAUAAAUUGAUAGGUUUCGCAGCGUAGAUAAUGGAAUUGCUCUCAUUCAAUAGGAUUAUUCUAUUCUUAAUAACCCGUCGCCAGCCGCAGCCUCAACCGACUCCACUCGUCGUCACCGCAUCGCUAUCCGGGAUCGGUGUACAACGGGUAUACCCCGUACGUUCGUCGCGCUCCCGACACGCCUUCGCCGUCCGCCAGUGACGACACUAGACACACGUAUCCUUCGUUUCCGCUGUCGCAAGAUUUCGAGGCGCUCGCGUUUCCACCAUGAACAAACAAUCGUCGAACGAACCGACCCAGGUGUUCAUCUCGGACGAGGUGCUGCUCAUGUGCCACAAUUUGGCACUGCUCACGGAGAAAGAGGAAGUCGCCGCUCUGCUCAUCGGCCAAAAAAUAACGUACGGAAAUGGGAUGACCGUCGUUUCCGUAUCGGCGCUGUCGAUACCGCCUCGAGGAGAAAUAAAAAAAGAUCGAGUUGAAAUCAUGUCUGAAGACUUGGUCAACGCCAUGGAAGAUGCCAAACAUUUCUCUCGCGUCAAAGGCGAAAAUUUAAAUGUAAUUGGCUGGUAUCAUUCACAUCCACACAUCACUGUCUGGCCUUCUAGUGUUGAUUUACAAACUCAACUUAACUUACAAAAUAUGGAUUCAUGUUUUAUUGGUAUAAUUUGUUCCUCGUAUAAUACAGACACUACUACAAUGAUGAAAGAAAUGAAAACAGUUUGUUUUCAGGCAAAACAAAUUAAUGGCUUAGUGCACAGAAUAGAUGUUAAAUUUCAAGUUGUACCUACUUCUUCUACAAGCCAAUUAUCAUUUGGGGUAAUUGUAAAACACAUUGAAACAUUGUAUGAUGAACUUAUAAAAAAUUAUAAUCAGGCAAAUGUAGAUGAUAUUAGUCCAAUGGCACAACUCCACAAUGAUGCAGUGUACACUUUGUCAGGAAUACAUAUGCUAGAAACAGUGGCCAAACCUAUGCUACAAAUGUUAGAAACUCAGCGAGAAAGCUCAACUAAAAGAAUUCAAAUUCUUCAAACAAAACUUGACCAACUGAAUCUUGGUCAAAACUAUGAGUAUUUUUGUGAUGGUGAUUACAAAAAUAAUGACCAAGAUAAUUUACCUAAGAAUAGUGCUUAUUUAAAUGACGAAGAUUUAUCUACAUCAUUAGCAGAUCCUGUUAUAUCAUCUGGUACAAUACAGAAGAAAUCAAGUAUGGUUUCAUCACCCGUGUGACCUAAUCAACCAUAAUUUGGAUUGACAUAUGUGAAUUUAUUUGCAUUAUACUGUUAUUAUACACUUAAAAUAAUAUUAAAAAACAAUUUUCUAGUAUGAACAAUAAAU